UGCGUUGUUGGCUAUAAGACUGCUGGCGGAGAAUAAUCUGCGCUCAGUUGAGUUUUGCAGCCGGGCCUAAUGGUUUGAAGUAACGUGAAGUGAAAUAACAAACGCAAAUUUGAGGCGGUUUUAACCAGUUCCACACCAGCCGUGCUUUUGUUUAUAAUUUUCUUUGGCUUUACGUAUAUGGUAUUUACCAACUCCAAGCCAAUAAUACCACCGGCAGCAGAAGAAUACAAAGUCAUUUGUGGAUUGAAGUGCUGAGGUUAAUAGUAAGCAGUGAAGCAUAGCAUCAGCGUCACAGCAAUAGAAGCGAAACAGCUUUCCAACACAAUGGAGUCACCUCACGAAAAUCCAGCUUUCAUUGGAGAUGAUGGAAAAUCUGCAAAUGGCCACCCUAGAUUGCCCCGAAAUUCAGAUGAAGAGGCGUCACAGACCCUGCCGCAGAAAGAGGGUAUUGAGAAAGAGCGCGCAACGUGGGGCAAAGGCGUUGAGUUUCUUUUCUCAUGUAUUGCGAUGUCCGUGGGUCUGGGUAAUGUUUGGCGCUUCCCCUUUACAGCGCUGGAUAAUGGCGGAGGAGCGUUCUUGAUACCUUAUUUAAUAGUAUUAUUCUUAAUCGGAAAACCAAUUUAUUAUUUGGAAAUGGCAAUUGGACAGUUCUCGAGUUGCGGAUCGGUAAAAGUAUUUAAUUUGUGUCCAGCUAUGAAAGGUAUUGGCUUGGGUCAGGCUUUCAUGGUAUAUCUAUUGGCAACUUAUUACGAGUCCAUUUGUGCCCUCAUCGCAUACUACUUGGUGCAAUCAUUCCGUGACCCGCUGCCUUGGUCCUAUUGUCGACCGGAGUGGGGAGUGAAUUGCAUUGACUCUGCGCCACGUAGUUGGCUCGAUGAGGCAAAAUUCAUAGACUCGCACUCAUCUGGCAAUUGGAGUUUGGUUUACGGUAAUCUAACAAAGGAGUAUAAUCAGCGGAUAAUUUCGAGUUCGGAAUUUUAUUUUGUCAAGGAUGUGUUGCGCGAAAAAGAUAAUAUCAAUGAUGGAAUCGGUUUGCCGAACUGGGAGUUGGUAUUGGGGCUUCUAGUAUCUUGGACAACAAUAUUUCUGGUUAUUCGCAGGGGUGUGAAGAGUUCUGGAAAAGCUUCAUAUUUUCUGGCGCUCUUUCCCUAUGUGAUAAUGGCAGUCCUGUUGGUGCGUGCUGUAACUUUACCGGGUUCUGCGGACGGUAUAAUAUAUUUCAUAAAACCAGUCUGGGGGAAAAUUCUAGACCCUAAGGUGUGGUAUGCCGCGGUUACACAGUGUUUCUAUUCUCUAUCCGUGUGCUUUGGCAAUAUCAUCAUGUACUCUUCGUACAACAAGUUCGAUCACAACAUACAUCGGGAUGCAAUGAUAGUCACCACUUUGGACACUUUCACGUCGCUAAUUUCCGGUUUUACGAUAUUUGGAAUUCUGGGUAAUUUGGCUUACGAAAUCGGUACAGAUGAUAUAGGUACAGUGGUUAAAGGUGGCACGGGACUCGCUUUUAUAUCAUAUCCGGAUGCGAUUUCUAAGUUCAAAACGUUGCCGCAAAUAUUCUCUGUGCUGUUCUUCCUUAUGCUCUUCAUACUUGGCAUUGGCUCUAACAUUGCCAUGACUUCGUGUACCGUUACAGCUAUACGAGACAGCUUUCCCAACAUCAAGCAAUGGCACUGCGCUUUGGGUAUAUCCAUCAUCAGUUUCUUUAUUGGAUUGGCCUACGUUACACCGGGUGGCCAAUUUAUUUUGACUUUAGUGGAUUUCUAUGGUGCCUCUAUGAUAGCUCUGAUUUUGGGCAUAUUGGAGCUUUAUGUAUUGGGCUGGGUUUAUGGAGUAGAUCGGCUGUGUAAGGACAUCGAAUUCAUGAUUGGUCACAGGGUAGGCCGCUAUUGGCGUUGGUGCUGGGCUCUCAUUACGCCUGGUAUAAUGACGUUGAUUUUGAUUUAUUUCUAUGCGACAUACCAAUCGCUCACCUACAACAAUGUUCCUUAUCCAAACUGGGCCUAUGCUUUGGGUUGGACAAUUACGGCAUUCGGUGUUCUUCAAGUACCUAUAUGGGCUGUAGUGGCAAUUGUGCGUCAGCCAGGUGAAAGUUUAAGGGAAAAGGUUUCUGGCGCUUUCCAACCUGUGAGUAGUUGGGGUCCAUCUGAUCCGCUGCUUCGUGAGCAGUACAACAAAGAUCUCGCAAACGACAAUGUUACAAAGGACUUGAGUUGUUGGGGUAAAGUAAAGAAAAAUUUCAGCGGUUAAUCCACAGGUUUAUGUGAUUCUUAAAACAGCAGGUGCUGUUCGCGGCUUGCCACAAUUUUUGUAUUAUAGAUUUUAAUAUAAAUGUAUAUCUUUGUAUAAAAUAUGUACUUACAUUAAGAUAAUUCAUCAGUACAAGCUUUAUAUAAAUAUUUGUUACAAAUACUAUAAUCAUAUAUUUAUAAAAAUAUGUGAGUAAUUUAUUAAAUGUACAAAAAUGGAAGCCUUAUUCUAAUAAAACAGUAUUUCAUUCUAA